AUUUGACUGCUUGUAUAUUAAUAUUAAUUUCAGCUACUUGUUUGCCAGGGUAGGUGGUUUGUUAACAAUGGAAGAAGCCGCUGGCGGCUUCGUUUCUGCGAAGAGCCACGCUCGUGAUAAUCGUCGUUCCACAUUCUUGUUUAAAAUUUUGAAGUGGUCUGUCGGUAUCACUGGUAUUACUGCUUUACUUGCUAAUAAUGCCUUCUGUGCGGAUAUUAUCCCUCGUGUUAAUGCAGGUAGUGGCCCUGCGUUCUCACAUCGUUUUACCAAGGGCGAUUCCCAACCUAAUAAAGUCGGUGCAAAGUUGGUUAAUCGUUUGAUCGCUGAUGAUGAUGAUGAUAAAAUUGUUAUUAACAAGACCGAAGUUGCUAGGCGCAGGGAUUCCGUCGUUUCUAAUGGUGCUCCUAAACAAGUCAAUACCUCCAAUUUGACUAUCCCCGGUAUGACAAAGGAACAAUCUAAGUCACAUUCUACCCGUGCAUCAACAUCUUCAUUAUCUCAAGAUGAGGUAUUCAUUCCUGCUCCUACCAACCUGAUCAGUGGGUUAUGGAAAGGGUUCUUAACCACGAAGAAGCCUGCCGGCUCCAGAGGUGCCGAAUCUGACAGUGAUGUAGUUUCACCUCCCGUUUCUACAAAAUCUAAACCUCCUGUGCAACUAAAAUCUGAGUUGAUUAAGGACAAAUCUGGUGAUUCCCGUACGAUUUUGGUUGAUAACUGUGUGGAUGAUACUGUGAUGAAACGUGUGGGUAAUAUAGCUUCUGUGAAUAAGGUUAACCUUGAAUCUGUUAAAACCCUUAAUUAUCAACGUACAGAUGCCUUCAAUGCUAAGACCUUGAGAAAAAAUGUAGCUAAAGAAGCUACUGGACUUCAAAAGAAGACUGAGGUUAGAAAGGAGAUAAUUGAUUCUGACGCGGACGACGACAUCUAUAUGGGUCACCCUACUAAUGAGCCUAAGAAAGAUUGCAAAAAGAAAAAGACUAAAAAAGAUGAUCGUGUUGUUGAUGACGAUGUUGAUGAUGACGACCUAAUAUUACACCAAGGCUUCUCUAAGCUUGGCGGUCGAGUGGUCCAUCCACAUUUAUCUGAGAGUUGCAAUUUUGUCCCACCUAAGGUUUCAGGUUUUCCUCAUACGGGAUCUCAUUUGCUAUCUCAGGGUCAUGUUAUGCCUAAUAAACCAAGUGGCACUAGUGAACAUAACUUCACUGGACCUACAUUCUUCAUAAAGCAGCCUGUUGGCGUGUCAGAUGAUAUUGGCGGUGAUGAUUUUGCUGCACCAUCUAAACCUCGGGAUAAUAAGCCCUGUGAUAUUAAAGUACCAACAAUUAUUCCUUCAACAGAAUCAGGCGACGAAAUUGAAGAAGGUGACAUUAUAGUUUCUGAUGAGGAACUUGUUAAACCUGUAGUCUCUGACGAGAAGGAGGAUGCUGAUGUGUGCCCCGCUGUAGUCCCUCCUCCAUCGUUUGAUUUAUCUGGUGAUGGUUUUGAAUCCGUAGAUGACACUAGUGAUGUUUCUGAUGAUGACUCCUGUUUAGUCGGUUGGAAUUCUCGCCCAUCUGCGGGUACAUCAAGAUAUGAGCCCGGUAAAGUUCCCGCCACUGAGGACGUGUUGGUUGGGGACAACGUUGCGGAUUCCGAUAGCUCGCUAGAUUCUGAUAGUGACAGCAGUGGAGAAUCAGGCCAGAGUUCAGAUGACGAGAUCGUCACCUGGGAUGGCAUUCAUGGUAAACCCCUGCCAGAAGAAGCUUCCGAGAUUCCAUCUGACCACGAGACCGUUGAGCCUACAGUCUCUGACCACGAGAGUGUAUCCAGCGGCAGCGAGUCUGAGGAAGAGGUUUCCGAAAUUCCAUCUGACCACGAGACCGUUGAGCCUACAGUCUCUGACCACGAGAGUGUAUCCGGCGGCAGCGAGUCUGGGGAAGAGGUUUCCGAGAUUCCAUCUGACCACGAGACCGUUGAGCCUAUAGUCUCUGACCACGAGAGUGUAUCCAGCGGUAGCGAGUCUGAGGAAGAGGUUUCUGAGAUUCCAUCUGACCACGAGACCGUUGAGCCUAUAGUCUCUGACCACGAGAGUGUAUCCAGCGGCAGCGAGUCUGAGGAAGAGGUUUCUGAAAUUCCAUCUGACCACGAGACCGUUGAGCCUAUAUUCUCUGACCACGAGAGUGUAUCCAGCGGUAGCGAGUCUGAGGAAGAGGUUUCUGAAAUUCCAUCUGACCACGAGACCGUUGAGCCUAUAGUCUCUGACCACGAGAGUGUAUCCAGCGGUAGCGAGUCUGAGGAAGAGGUUUCCGAGAUUUCUUCAGACGAGAGUGUAUCCAGCGGCAGCGAGUCUGAGGAAGAGGUUUCCGAAAUUCCAUCUGACCACGAGACCGUUGAGCCUAUAGUCUCUGACCACGAGAGUGUAUCCAGCGGCAGCGAGUCUGAGGAAGAGGUUUCUGAAAUUCCAUCUGACCACGAGACCGUUGAGCCUAUAGUCUCUGACCACGAGAGUGUAUCCAGCGGUAGCGAGUCUGAGGAAGAGGUUUCUGAGAUUCCAUCUGACCACGAGACCGUUGAGCCUAUAGUCUCUGACCACGAGAGUGUAUCCAGCGGUAGCGAGUCUGAGGAAGAGGUUUCCGAGAUUCCAUCUGACCACGAGACCGUUGAGCCUAUAGUCUCUGACCACGAGAGUGUAUCCAGCGGCAGCGAGUCUGAGGAAGAGGUUUCCGAGAUUCCAUCUGACCACGAGACCGUUGAGCCUAUUGUCUCUGACGAGAAGGAGGAUGCUGAUGUGUGCCCCGCUGUAGUCCCUCCUCCAUCGUUUGAUUUAUCUGGUGAUGGUUUUGAAUCCGUAGAUGACACUAGUGAUGUUUCUGAUGAUGACUCCUGUUUAGUCGGUUGGAAUUCUCGCCCAUCUGCGGGUACAUCAAGAUAUGAGCCCGGUAAAGUUCCCGCCACUGAGGACGUGUUGGUUGGGGACAACGUUGCGGAUUCCGAUAGCUCGCUAGAUUCUGAUAGUGACAGCAGUGGAGAAUCAGGCCAGAGUUCAGAUGACGAGAUCGUCACCUGGGAUGGCAUUCAUGGUAAACCCCUGCCAGAAGAAGCUUCCGAGAUUCCAUCUGACCACGAGACCGUUGAGCCUACAGUCUCUGACCACGAGAGUGUAUCCAGCGGCAGCGAGUCUGAGGAAGAGGUUUCCGAAAUUCCAUCUGACCACGAGACCGUUGAGCCUACAGUCUCUGACCACGAGAGUGUAUCCGGCGGCAGCGAGUCUGGGGAAGAGGUUUCUGAGAUUCCAUCUGACCACGAGACCGUUGAGCCUAUAGUCUCUGACCACGAGAGUGUAUCCAGCGGCAGCGAGUCUGAGGAAGAGGUUUCUGAAAUUCCAUCUGACCACGAGACCGUUGAGCCUAUAUUCUCUGACCACGAGAGUGUAUCCAGCGGUAGCGAGUCUGAGGAAGAGGUUUCUGAAAUUCCAUCUGACCACGAGACCGUUGAGCCUAUAGUCUCUGACCACGAGAGUGUAUCCAGCGGUAGCGAGUCUGAGGAAGAGGUUUCCGAGAUUUCUUCAGACGAGAGUGUAUCCAGCGGCAGCGAGUCUGAGGAAGAGGUUUCCGAAAUUCCAUCUGACCACGAGACCGUUGAGCCUAUAGUCUCUGACCACGAGAGUGUAUCCAGCGGUAGCGAGUCUGAGGAAGAGGUUUCUGAAAUUCCAUCUGACCACGAGACCGUUGAGCCUAUAGUCUCUGACCACGAGAGUGUAUCCAGCGGUAGCGAGUCUGAGGAAGAGGUUUCUGAGAUUCCAUCUGACCACGAGACCGUUGAGCCUAUAGUCUCUGACCACGAGAGUGUAUCCAGCGGUAGCGAGUCUGAGGAAGAGGUUUCCGAGAUUCCAUCUGACCACGAGACCGUUGAGCCUAUAGUCUCUGACCACGAGAGUGUAUCCAGCGGCAGCGAGUCUGAGGAAGAGGUUUCCGAAAUUCCAUCUGACCACGAGACCGUUGAGCCUAUAGUCUCUGACCACGAGAGUGUAUCCAGCGGCAGCGAGUCUGAGGAAGAGGUUUCCGAGAUUCCAUCUGACCACGAGACCGUUGAGCCUAUAGUCUCUGACCACGAGAGUGUAUCCAGCGGCAGCGAGUCUGAGGAAGAGGUUUCCGAGAUUCCAUCUGACCACGAGACCGUUGAGCCUAUAGUCUCUGACCACGAGAGUGUAUCCAGCGGUAGCGAGUCUGAGGAAGAGGUUUCUGAGAUUCCAUCUGACCACGAGACCGUUGAGCCUAUAGUCUCUGACCACGAGAGUGUAUCCAGCGGCAGCGAGUCUGAGGAAGAGGUUUCCGAGAUUCCAUCUGACCACGAGACCGUUGAGCCUAUAAUCCCUCCUCCAUCGUUUGAUUUAUCUGGUGAUGGCUUUGAUUAUAUUGAUGACUGGUCUUCUGAUGAAGAAAGUGUAUCUCCUGCCGUCAGUGAAGCUGAGAUAUCAGUGGACGAACCUUGCGACAAUUACAACCAUUUAGAUGAUGAGGAUGAGAUCAUCACUUGGGAUGGCAUUCAUGGUAAACCCCUGCCAGAAGACAUUUGUGAAAUUCCAUCUGACCACGAGACCGUUGAGCCUAUAGUCUCUGACCACGAGAGUGUAUCCAGCGGCAGCGAGUCUGAGGAAGAGGUUUCUGAAAUUCCAUCUGACCACGAGACCGUUGAGCCUAUAGUCUCUGACCACGAGAGUGUAUCCAGCGGCAGCGAGUCUGAGGAAGAGGUUUCUGAAAUUCCAUCUGACCACGAGACCGUUGAGCCUAUAGUCUCUGACCACGAGAGUGUAUCCAGCGGCAGCGAGUCUGAGGAAGAGGUUUCCGAGAUUUCUUCAGACGAGAGUGUAUCCAGCGGUAGCGAGUCUGAGGAAGAGGUUUCCGAAAUUCCAUCUGACCACGAGACCGUUGAGCCUAUAGUCUCUGACCACGAGAGUGUAUCCAGCGGUAGCGAGUCUGAGGAAGAGGUUUCUGAAAUUCCAUCUGACCACGAGACCGUUGAGCCUAUAGUCUCUGACCACGAGAGUGUAUCCAGCGGUAGCGAGUCUGAGGAAGAGGUUUCUGAAAUUCCAUCUGACCACGAGACCGUUGAGCCUAUAGUCUCUGACCACGAGAGUGUAUCCAGCGGUAGCGAGUCUGAGGAAGAGGUUUCCGAGAUUUCUUCAGACGAGAGUGUAUCCAGCGGCAGCGAGUCUGAGGAAGAGGUUUCCGAAAUUCCAUCUGACCACGAGACCGUUGAGCCUAUAGUCUCUGACCACGAGAGUGUAUCCAGCGGUAGCGAGUCUGAGGAAGAGGUUUCCGAGAUUCCAUCUGACCACGAGACCGUUGAGCCUAUAGUCUCUGACCACGAGAGUGUAUCCAGCGGUAGCGAGUCUGAGGAAGAGGUUUCCGAGAUUCCAUCUGACCACGAGACCGUUGAGCCUAUAGUCUCUGACCACGAGAGUGUAUCCAGCGGCAGCGAGUCUGAGGAAGAGGUUUCCGAUAUUCCAUCUGACCACGAGACCGUUGAGCCUAUAAUCCUUCCUCCAUCGUUUGAUUUAUCUGGUGAUGGCUUUGAUUAUAUUGAUGACGGGUCUUCUGAUGAAGAAAUUGUAUCUCCUGCCGUCAGUGAAGCUGAGAUAUCAGUGGACGAACCUUGCGACAAUUACAACCAUUUAGAUGAUGAGGAUGAGAUCAUCACUUGGGAUGGCAUUCAUGGUAAACCCCUGCCAGAAGACAUUUGUGAAAUUCCAUCUGACCACGAGACCGUUGAGCCUACAGUCUCUGACCACGAGAGUGUAUCCAGCGGUAGCGAGUCUGAGGAAGAGGUUUCUGAGAUUCCAUCUGACCACGAGACCGUUGAGCCUAUAGUCUCUGACCACGAGAGUGUAUCCAGCGGCAGCGAGUCUGAGGAAGAGGUUUCUGAAAUUCCAUCUGACCACGAGACCGUUGAGCCUAUAUUCUCUGACCACGAGAGUGUAUCCAGCGGCAGCGAGUCUGAGGAAGAGUUAUCUGAGAUUUCUUCAGACGAGAGUGUAUCCAGCGGUAGCGAGUCUGAGGAAGAGGUUUCCGAGAUUCCAUCUGACCACGAGACCGUUGAGCCUACAGUCUCUGACCACGAGAGUGUAUCCAGCGGUAGCGAGUCUGAGGAAGAGGUUUCCGAGAUUCCAUCUGACCACGAGACCGUUGAGCCUACAGUCUCUGACCACGAGAGUGUAUCCAGCGGUAGCGAGUCUGAGGAAGAGGUUUCCGAGAUUUCUUCAGACCACGAGACCGUUGAGCCUAUAGUCUCUGACCACGAGAGUGUAUCCAGCGGCAGCGAGUCUGAGGAAGAGGUUUCCGAGAUUCCAUCUGACCACGAGACCGUUGAGCCUAUAGUCUCUGACCACGAGAGUGUAUCCAGCGGUAGCGAGUCUGAGGAAGAGGUUUCCGAGAUUCCAUCUGACCACGAGACCGUUGA